AUGUCCGCACAAACUCUCCAACCUCCGAGACCGCGUAUCACGCGCCGCAUCAGUCAUGAGGAUGCCACAAGGCAGGAUCUCCACGAUAGGCAAGGGCCUACCGUGGUUGUGCCUCCCGCCCAUCUCAUGGCCUCGUCUUCGUCUCACGAGGUUGCCGCUGCCAUGGACCAUGCUAGGCAAGGGAUUGACCGCUCUUCUACCUCGACUCCCGAGACUCCUCCCGAGACCGUCGUCACCGACAAGUUCGCCUAUGCUUUCGAUAUCGAUGGUGUCCUCAUCCGCGGCGGCCAGGUCAUUCCGGAGGCCGUUGAGGCCAUGAAGAUGCUGAAUGGCGAGAACGAGUACGGCAUCAAAGUGCCGUACAUUUUCGUCACCAACGGUGGUGGCAAGACCGAGGAAGAGCGCUGCAUCCAGCUCAGCCAGCAGCUCGAGAUUGAGGUUUCGCCUGGCCAGUUCAUUUGCGGCCACACUCCGAUGAGGGAAAUGGCGUCCAAGUACGGAACCGUUCUCGUCGUCGGUGGUGAGGGUGAGAAGUGCCGCAUUGUGGCCGAGGGCUACGGUUUCAAGGAUGUCGUCACCCCCGGCGACAUCAUCAAGACUAAGGAAGACACUACCCCAUUCAGGAAGUUGACCGAGGACGAGUGGAACAACUCGCGCGUCCGUGAUUUCGACAACAUGAACAUCGAGGCCAUCUUCGUCUUCGCUGACAGCCGUGACUGGGCUUCGGACCAGCAGAUCAUCCUCGAUCUGCUCAUGUCCAAGAACGGACGUCUUGGCACCCGCUCGGAGACUUUCGAGGAGGGCCCGCCCGUCUACUUCUCGCACAACGACGUUGUCUGGAGCACCUCGCACGAUCUCACCCGCAUCGGGAUGGGUGCUCUCCGCGUGUCUCUCGAGGCCAUGUUCAAGGCCGUUACCGGCAAGGAGAUCAACACGCACGCCUUCGGCAAGCCGCAGGUCGGCACCUUCCAGUUCGCCACUCGCCUCCUCCAACAGUGGCGCAAGGACACGCACGGCAUCGACUCGCCUCCGGACACUGUCUACUUUGUUGGAGACACUCCUGAGUCUGACGUGCGCGGCACCAACGAGUUCAACAAGCACGCCGAGAACACUUGGUACUCGAUCCUUGUCCGCACUGGUGUGUACCAGGACGGCACCACCCCUCGUUACACGCCCAAGGCCAUCACCGACGACGUUCUCGAGGCCGUCAAGCACGGCAUGGAGCGCGAGUACAAGCGCAUGCUGAAGGCUGCCAUGGAGCAGGCUGGCCCUGCCAACGAGUAA